GGUAGACAUCAGGACUUUCCAAAGUGCUCUGCCAAGGUUCCUCUGGGUAUCAGAUCCUAUCAAAACACGAAACCUUAAGACAACUGAGGUGCUGUAAGAUUUUUUUCGGCACGAGAAAUAAACCAAAGCAUAACCAUGGGGGAUCUCCUACAAGCUCUUAGGACCUUCGCCUUCAUCCGACAGUCGGACACAGUCAUUGAGGAGGGCCAGAAACGAGAGUUCCUGAGGGGAACCUUCAGCAUUAUGGAGUUUGAUGAGCAUUCCAAGGAUCAGCUGGAUCAGCUCAAAGAGCACAGCAAGAGGUUGAUGAUGAAAGAGACGAUGGACGAAAUGCCCUUCGGUGCCGACCUCCACAAGAUUAAACACCAACACCGGGAUCCCAUCAUGAGGAUCACCUUCAUGCCCACAGUUGAUCCUAACUCCAAGUUCAUUGACUGGGGCUUUGGGAAGUACAUGAUCUUGAGUCGAGAGGGGACGUUCUCCGUGUGGACGACCACCAUGAAAAACAUCAGCUACAACAACUUGGUGGUCGGGGAUCACCAGAACCCGUCCUGGUUCCUCGACCUGGUCGCCCUCUACCACAACGGCUCCAUUGCUGUGGCCACCACGGGUCGAGAUAUCGGCUUCUACGACUACACCAGGAGAGGAUGGAGCAGAAAGUUGCACUACCAUCCCUUUCGCGGACGCUGCCCGAGGCCAGUACGAGGGUACUACAGUUCGAGUAUUUCCAAAUGUUCAUACUAACUGGGUGAAACAGAUUCAGUACGUGCCACAAGCCUCCUCCUUCGUGUCUUGCUGCACGGACAGUGCAACCGCCUUGUACAUGUCUCACGUCAACCCGAGAAAACAGACGCCGUGCUACUUCAACACGCCCAAGGGGAUGAUGUGCUUCGACUUCAGUUACGAUCUGCACAUCUUGGCCUGUGCUGGUGUGGACUGCAACAUUUGGCUGUACAAUCCGUACAUUCCAAGCAAAGCUAUAGCCAUGAUGGAAGGUCAUAUUCGGCCAGUUGUCCACCUUAAAAUCAACGAACAAGAAAACUACGUCAUCAGCUUGGAUCUCUCCAAAACAAUCUUCAUGUUCAAUUUGGCCUCACAACACGUCAUUCAGCGUAUCCCUGGUCAGUCUGUACGAAUGGGCAUGUUCCCGAUCAAUUCAAUCUACCUAAAUGCCAACAGAAGAAUGUGCCUCUUGGGGUCUUAUUGUCUGGCCAUGCUGAAGCGUCAUCGCCUGGAGGGUUUGCACGUUGACGUGAGAUCACAUGACUACAAGCUGGUCCGAGCAAUGUACAGCCCCGAAUUUGAACAAGUGGUGAGCGUGUGCACAGGGUCCAUGGUGCGUGUGUGGGACAUCACCACAGGCACUCGAGUCAUGCAGUUCGGCAUGGCACAUUCCAAGAAGGCGCAGGGUCGCUGGGUCCCAGUGGAGAUUGAGUGUGUUGCUCUCACAGAAAAUCGCAGGCGACUGCUCACAGCAGCAGAAGGCGUCGUCAAGAUCUGGAACUUCAAUGUGGGCUCUGUGCUCAGGAUCCUAGACAUGAGCAACUGUCCAAAGAUCACUAGUAUCGUGAUGGCCAAGAAACAAUUCUACAUCACGGGCUGGAGCAAGAUCAUCAAUGUCUUCAGCGACUUCAAAGGCGAGGAAGCUAUCAAGAAGACCUGGCAAGCCAAGCACAACGAGGACGUGCUACAGCUGUGCGUAAUGGAACCCAAUCUCAUCGCAUCCUGUUCCUACGAUGGGACAAUCGUCGUGUGGUCCAGAGAGACGACAGAGGCCUACUGCAAGUUCAGUGCUUCCUUCAGCAAUAAACCAGAGCUGGACACAUCGGUGAGGUCCGGAGGACCCAAAGGAAAUAUAAUGACGGUGGCAGCUGAUAUGGAAGCGGAGAGUGACGAAGAAGAAGAAGGAGAGGAUAGCUUUAUGACCAUCGGCAAACACUUGAGGAAAGAGGGAGGCUGGUACAGGCUGCUCAGGGCGCUCAAAAAAAGACAGAUUGAGAGAGAAAAGAGACGAGCCGCGGCCGAGCGAAAAGACUUCAGCGCCAAGUACAAGAAAAAGAAGAGGCGGAUGAACCUGCAGGGGUUGAGUCUGGUCUACGAGUCAGCCGUGGAGUGCAUGGUCUUCCUCGGGAGCCGGCGCCUCAUUGACCCUCAGACGGCGACACUCGUCACUGCAGGCGCUGAGUGCUGGAUUCGGUUCUGGUCUCUUCACCCCAAGGGUGGUCUCCUGGCACAGUUCACUAACACUAGGAGGAAGCUGGAGAGCAUUCGUUGUAUCGCCACGGACAGUAACAACGAGAUCCUCUUGACUGGGGACACCAUGGGGUUGCUUAGAAUCUACGACAUCAAAGAGUUUUGUAACGCAGACAAGUUGACAGAGGACGAAAAAGUGGAGAGAAACAAGCAUCUGAAAAAGGAAUUCGUCUACAGUCGACUUCCGUUCCCAGCAGAGGAGGCCCUGGACACCAUGGAAAAACUGAGAGAAAUCCGAAUCUCUGUUCCAGAUGCCAGCAAACCCAGGAAAAAUUUGCAUUCACCCAGGCUGUUGAGCAGCAUCCGAUGCCACACCCAAGCUAUCGUGUCGAUGGAGUUUAUCGAAGCCCGGAACCUGAUCUUGACCUCUAGCCAGGACCUGACGGUCCGACUGUGGACCAAGAACUGUACCUACAUCGGCACGUUCGGCGAGACAUGGCGGCCUAUCCCUCAGUGUGUGGGACCCGUGGUAGAGAGGAAGCCUCGUAUUCCCCGAGACAUCCUGCGUGUUGCCUCGGCUCACUCCCUGGGUACUCUACACAACGGCCACAUGCCCCACUGGAAGACUGCCUGCUACGUGGUGCGGCGCCAUAUCUUCGAACAAAAGAAGGAGAAGCAGAUCGAGGAGGCUCGACAGAAGAUGAAGGAGGAGAGACGUCUGAGAGGGGAACCGGACUCUGAUGACGAGGCUGGCCCGGGCGAGGAGAAGCCAGUCAGCAAAAUUCUCGGCAAAUACUAUCACCCGCGCAAGAGAUAUCAUGGUCCCAUGACAACGGAAGAUCAAGGUUACCCUGCUUUGAGGAUUUUCAGGGGAAAGUGCUGCCCGUACAACACUGCAAUGCCUCAAGACUUGUACUACAUGGAUCCCUUAUACACCCCUGUGACCUUCUUUGACAUCGACAGCCGUCGCCCUGGGAGGAGGAGCAAACGUGCCACCAAACACAUGAUGAACCAGUUCAACGUGGUAUGCGGCAACUCGACACGCUACAGCAAACCUCACGGCACGUCCGGAGCCCCCAGCUUCACCUCCACCAACUCCACGGUGGCCGAUAAAUCCAGCACCUCCGUCACCGGCGGAAAAUCCUCACCUGACAUCAACGCCAACUGGAGCCUCUCCUACCACGGAGACCUGGCGCCUGGUGAUAGAGACCCAGGUGGCUCAGGGCGGAAAUCGGAGAACUCCGAGUUGGACCGAAGUUCCAACAGAUCCGCUUCCGGCUUGGAUUUGUUGACAUCCCCUUUCCCUGCAGACGCCCAUACUCAUCACGACUCCAUCUGCUGUCCGUGUCGACUCCGAACAACGAGUCUGGGACAUUAUGAUGCGUCGAGUGAGAGGGGAGACUUCAGAUCGACAUGGAGGAGCCGAUCUGUGUCUCCGUCAUCCAGGACAAGCACCGAGGAUCUGCCCGGAGCUUGGAAAACGUCCGAUAAACAUGUGUACGGUCUGGAGGACUUGCUUCAUCGGUUACGUCGCGUCACUUCAAGUUGUUCUUCACUUGAACACGAGUCUGGGAGGAUCCAGGAAUCCCCCACCUCAUUGCAAUCAGCAGGCCACAGUUGCCGUGCGGUUCCUGCUGUAACAAAAAGGCACCGAGGACGUGGCGCGGAAAGCGUGUCUUCGACAAGCUCAGAGGAAAUCUUCCCGAGCCAUCGAGGGAUUCAACAGUGUCGUACAAAGUUUGGUGUUCGCUUCAGCGACAGUGUCAAAUUCAACUCCGAGACUCAAACAACACCACCUCCGUUUUUGCCUCGCUCGCAUGAGAUGAGCAAACAUACUCGGGGAGGUCACGAGCCAGACUGUUCUCGCGAGAGCGGCUGGGAAGAUGAUCUUACCGAUGACAAUGAGGAUGACGACGAAGAAGAGAAUCUAACUCUGCCAGAGAUCCAGAUCGAUAAGAGAAUAGAUUUGUACAGGAGAGCAGGAAUUAGAUUUUCCCACCUGCUUUAAUACACUUUACUGCGUACGGGAGGAAAAGAAAGACCAAAGCCAGAGGCUGUUGUUAUAACCCUUAUCUGAAACAAAAAGGUCUGAUUUUGUAAGCAAUACAAAAGACUAGGAUUCUGAAACCGAGUUUUUCGGCUUUGUUGUAUGGUCACUAAAUUGUUAAUAAUAGGGGUGGAAUCAGAUUACUAUAGGGGUUUUUUUUAGCUUAAGUCCAGCCGUGUCGUCUUACAAAGCAAAGACAUCUUUACCAGUAUUUGAAGUCUUCGUUUUUUUGUGCAGAUGCCAUGCAUUCAGCAUGGGAGUACUACCUCAGGGUAAAACAGGCACUACCUGAUGGUUUCAUGGAAUAAACUAUUUAGCAAUGUGAUUAAUAUAUAGAUACAUUUAUCUGUGGCUAUACGGUGUGUAAUCCUAUCUUAGCAAAAACACAUAAUAUAGUGCUUAAAGUAAAGUGUAAAUACUGUUCGGUUUCUGCAUCAUUCGAUUAUUUAAUAUAGAUGACUGGUAUUAAAUUUUAAUUUUGGAAGAUUCACAAAAAUCCUAUUGUUUUAAAUGAGCUGUGCUAGGAUCCCUAAAAAUGUUAAGUUCACUAGAAACGGGGAGGGGGGAGAUUGAACGAUAACAAAUGACUUGGUAAUGUAUACGAGGUGGGGAGUGGUAGGUAGGAGCGAGCGCGAGAAAUUUAACAAAGAACCUGACUAGUAUGUUCGAGCUAUCUGACGUCCCUCUGUGUUGGCUUUCGUCUGAUCUGAAAUCUUAAGGAAAAAGAUAUAUUUGUUUUAUUGGGUUUUUUAAACAACAUUUUUGAUCUCGAACUGUAUUCAGAGUAGAAAGUAUUGAAUUCGUAUUGGAAAUGGCUUCUUAAAAACGUUUUUGUACAAAGACAAUAGCAGUGCCGUUGAACAGCCUUAAAGAAAUCAACUUGAAUAGCAUAUUAUUCUACUCCAAACUUUUUGGGAUCAAAAAAAGGAAAAUAUUUUUCAUCGGGAUGUGGUGGGAGGGAGCAAUCAGCUGUGCACUUAUUAUAUAGAAACUUUGAAGUUAUCUUACUCCCAGGCAACAUUUUGGUGAGAAGUUAAAGGUGGAGUUUAUUUGGGUGAGUUUUAUUCCUUAAUUUUUUCUACUUUUGAGACGUCGUGUUGUCUUGAGGAAUUUUAUCAAGUGUAGUUACAGCUUAUGCCCCUAAUGUCUUUUAGUGUGACACUCUGAUGAUUUUGUUUCAAGCAACAAACAAUAAUAUCACUCGAAACUCGUGCAUAUUUUUUUUUUGGGGGGGGGUGUUCAAAUGUCGAACAUAAUUGUAUUCUUCUUGAAAUGACUAGGCCAAGCAGUGUCGUACAUCUGAACCAUUAAUCGAUGGAUUAGAAUAAUGAAAGGGAAUCUAGAAUCUAUUUACUUCAAACAUAAUCUUCAAAAGACGAUUUCUUGAAAUUGUACUUGAGAUUGAAUAUUGUGCUCCUGUGAAAUAAAAGUUUCUAAUGU